CGGCCCCCCCCUUUCUCAGCCCGGCCAUCUUGUGGGAAGAGCUGAAGCAGGCGCUUUUGGCUCGGCGCGGUCCGCUGCAAUCCGUGGAGGAACGCGCCGCCGAGCCACCAUCAUGCCCGGGCACCUACAGGAAGGGUUCGGUUGCGUGGUCACCAACCGAUUCGACCAGCUAUUUGACGACGAAUCGGACCCUUUCGAGGUACUGAAGGCAGCAGAGAACAAGAAAAAAGAAACCGGCGGGGGCGGCGUUGGGGGCCCUGGAGCCAAGAGCGCAGCUCAGGCCGCGGCCCAGACCAACUCCAACGCGGCGGGCAAACAGUUGCGUAAAGAGUCCCAGAAAGAUCGCAAGAACCCGCUGCCCCCCAGCGUCGGCGUGGCCGACAAAAAGGAGGAGACGCAGCCGCCGGUGGCGCUGAAGAAAGAAGGAAUAAGGCGAGUUGGAAGAAGACCUGAUCAACAACUUCAGGGUGAAGGAAAAAUACUUGAUAAUAGGAGACCAGAAAGGCGACCACCUCGGGAAAGAAGAUUUGAAAAGCCACUUGAAGAAAAGGGUGAAGGCGGUGAAUUUUCAGUUGAUAGACCGAUUAUUGAACGGCCUAUCCGAGGCCGAGGUGGUCUUGGAAGGGGUCGAGGAGGCCGUGGACGUGGAAUGGGCAGAGGCGAUGGAUUUGAUUCUCGUGGCAAACGUGAAUUUGAUAGGCAUAGUGGAAGUGAUAGAUCUUCUUUUUCACAUUACAGUGGUCUGAAGCAUGAGGACAAACGUGGAGGUAGCGGCUCUCACAACUGGGGAACUGUCAAAGAUGAAUUAACAGAGUCUCCCAAAUACAUUCAGAAACAAAUAUCUUAUAAUUGCAGUGAUUUGGAUCAAUCAAAUGUGACUGAGGAAACACCUGAAGGUGAAGAGCACCCAGUGGCAGACACUGAAAAUAAGGAGAAUGAAGUUGAAGAGGUUAAGGAAGAGGGUCCAAAAGAGAUGACUUUGGAUGAGUGGAAAGCUAUUCAAAAUAAAGACCGAGCAAAAGUAGAGUUUAAUAUCCGAAAACCAAAUGAAGGUGCUGAUGGACAAUGGAAAAAGGGAUUUGUUCUGCAUAAAUCAAAAAGUGAAGAGGCUCAUGCUGAAGAUUCGGUUAUGGACCAUCAUUUCCGGAAGCCAGCAAAUGAUAUAACGUCUCAACUAGAGAUCAAUUUUGGAGACCUAGGCCGCCCAGGACGUGGUGGCAGAGGAGGACGUGGUGGACGUGGGCGUGGUGGACGUCCAAACCGUGGCAGCAGGACUGAUAAGUCAAGUGCUUCUGCUCCUGAUGUAGAUGACCCAGAGGCAUUCCCAGCUCUGGCCUAACUGGAUGCCAUAAUGCAACACUGGUUCCUUUGUGGACCCUCCUGUUCAAAGCUUUUGCAUGCUUAAGGAUCCCAAACAACUAAGAAUUAAAAAAAAGACUGUCAUUCAUACCAUUCACACCUAAAGACUGACUUUUAUCUGUUUUGAAAACGAACUUCUCUAGCUACAAAGAAGUAACAAAUAUGUUAGUCAGUUUUGUAUUUAGAAAUGUAUUGGUAGCAGGGAUGUUUUCAUAAUUUUCAGAGAUUAUGCAUUCUUCAUGAAUACUUUUGUAUUGCUGCUUGCAAAUAUGCAUUUCCAAACUUGAAAUAUAGGUGUGAACAGUGUGUACCAGUUUAAA